AUGACUUUCACUGUCAGUCAAAUCGGCACGAUAUUCGGGGAUUUACCAUAUGAGCCGCUAGCAAUCCCUGUUAACAUGCUGCACGGCGAUUAUCAUCAUCAAUCUUCGUCUCAAGAACAGAGGCUCUUGAAAUCAAAUGUUGUUGUGAAGGAGGAGCACUGUGAAAUUGGAUUUCGUGAUCACUUUUACUGUGGAUCGACUAGCUUGAAAACCUCCACUUCUAUCUCGACAACUGAUAAUGUUGUUCGGAUAAAGCAAGAAUACGAUUGUCGACACACAUUGUAUGAGUCUAAGAACUUAUCCAUUUGGGACCCCAACAAAGUUAUCAAGAAAAGAAGAUCCAAGCUUCCUCAAUACACUCUAUCACCAAUAGCCAGAAUCCUCAAACAGCUUCACCAUGUCGUCUAUCAUUCGAAGCUAUCUACAUUAAACCGGGUUAAGGCGGCAUAUGAUCGUCGUGAAAAACGUGCUCCCAAGUAUGAUGAUGUCCUGAUCUACGAGAAAUGCAAGCACGUGGCCGAAAACGAGAUUGGCAUUGGGGCCAGGCUGUUAUCAUCGCGACCAUUUAAUUCUUCUAGAAAGCCCAGAUACGCUUUGGCUUAUUCGACGACGACAUCUUCUUCGAACGAGAGUGGCUAUUCUUACUAUUCAAAUUGUCUGAUUGAUGUGCCCAUAACAAGUAGCCCAUCUUAA